GUCAUUUCCGUACCGCUGUCUGAGUCUCCACCCUGACAGUGAUAUAUACCCUGCGUAGUCAACGUUUGCUCAUUACCGCCACCACCAGUUCGACAUGAACGAAUCGGCCUCGAUUUCGCGCGCGACGUCCGUCUCUCGGGCUAGUAGAAACGGCUCAACUAUAUCUCGCAACCAGUCACUCAUCAAGAAAAACGUUGCACCUCAUGAUUUGAAGCCGUCCGACGUGCUCAUUGAGCGAUUCGUGGCGUGGAAGGCCAUCGUCAAGCAGCUCAUUGCUUAUUUUGAGGGUGUCGCAGACAUCGAGAACAACACUGCGAAAGAGUUGACAAAGUUGGGCGCUGUCAUUCAGGUUCCAUUUCGAGCUGGUAACCAGUUCUUGGGCGAGGGUGGACUUCAGGAUAUCUACUACGGCAUUCGCGACAAGACGCGUGUCAUCGCAGACCAACAUGCGAAUCUUGGAAGGACCAUCGAUAGUUCCAUUGUUCAGCAUUUGCAGAAGCUUAGAACGGAGAUUAAGGCCCACAUAAAGAAUGUCCAAAACGAUACAGGAAGAUUGGCAACUAGCGUUGCAAAAGAGAGGGAACUUUCGACGCGCUACAUUGCCGAGCUCGCCACCAAUAUCUCUGCAUACAAGAACACGCCUAUGAACGUUACGGCCAAAACUGAUCCGUUCGUAUCCAACACUGCUGUCAUCCGCCAACUCCAGAAGCAAGUACAUGAAGAGAACCUCCUUCAGAAAUCCAUUAUCAUUAUGCAACAAAAUUCAGCAACUUUUGAAGAAGGCAUAGUGCGUGCCAUUCAGAGCGCUUGGCAGACGUUCGACGAAUGGCAGUCGCGCAUGUCAUCAUCUGUGCAAGAUACAUGGCAAAAUUUAGGAACACAGAUGGCAUCCCUCGCUCCCGACAGGGAAUGGAUUACGUUCAGUGCACGUUCCGAUCAUCUCCUCGAUCCCGACACGCCUUUGCGUAACCAAGAGACUAUCAUGUAUCCCAGUAAAGAAGACCCGAGCGUCAUCGCAGUGCACACGGGUUUACUUGAACGCAAGAAGCGGUUUACUAGGACGUAUCGCGAAAGCUACUUUGUCCUUACCCCGGCUGGAUUCUUGCAUGAAUACGCGUCAAGUGAUCCUCAUGAAGCUCAGACACCCAUGUUCUCGCUAUUUCUUCCUGCGUGCACGCUUGGCCCUCCGAGUUCGAAUUUGAGCAAGAGUCACAAGUUCCAUAUUGAGGGACGUAAAGAUGGUUUGGGGACGACGAAGAGCGGAGGUUUCUUGAAAGGCACCGGCCAACAUGCGUGGAGUUUUCGUUCUCGCAGCCGAGAGGAUAUGAUGGAGUGGUGGAAUGAUAUAAGGAUGCUGUGUGCAAGGUAUCUGGUGGCUAGUGAGCAGAUGGAGAGGAGUGGACCCGUUGCUGCUGCCGUUCGGGCUGCGGGGUACGUCAGUGAAGAGGAGGAAGAAGAAGAGGGUAGCAGCGUUGAAGAAGAAGAGGACGAAGAAGAAGAAGAAUACGAGGACGUCGGGGAAGAUAUCAAUCCUCCAAGCUAUUCACACCCGGAGAAAGAUGGUUAUCCUGUGGGUUUUGAUUCUUCUAGUGUCGCAACUUGCUAAAACUUUCAUCAGAUUGACAAGAAAGAUCAUAAUGGCUAUCCGGUCGAGAAGGAUGAAGGGGCUGAUGUUUCGAGAAGGCCAAGUAAGCGGCAGAUGGAGAAGGCACCUGAAGGACAGGCUCCGCAUGCUCAGGACGAGGACGGCAAGGUCGAGAGCAAGUUUACGGAGGAGUUGUAACGUCUUGAUUAUGAUCUGGAUUUGUUUUACGUGUAGCUUCCCGGUAUGAUGGAUGAUCAUCAUAUAGGAUCACAUCGACUCAUUGUCCACAGCGGGAGUUUGACAGUCUCAUCGUGACCGGAAUGACCGGUUCUUUUCAUUGUGUUGGCGAGGGAUAUCCGCCAUCUGAUGACAUGUCAGAGCAUCGCAAAAGUUCUCUCGAGCAAGUAAAAUAAUGCAU